GCGCCCCUUGUUUUUGCUCCCGACAUCGUUAUCACAGCUUAUCCUGGUCAAGAUGCCUCUCCCAAAGUCCGACUACCUAAGUGAUACCUGGAAAGAUGGCUUGUUCGCGAACAAGGUUGUCUUCUGUACUGGGGGAGCUGGCACUAUCUGCAGUGCUCAAGUCCGCGCACUCGUUCACCUAGGCGCCAAUGCUUGUAUUGUCGGCAGAAAUGUGGAAAAGACGGAGAAGAUGGCCCAUGACAUUGCAACUGCUCGUCCAGGGGCUAAAGUGCUGGGUCUUGGUGGAGUGGACGUGCGCUCAUUCGACAGUCUCAAGGACUCUGUUGAUCGUUGUGUCAAAGAAUUCGGUGCUAUUGACUACGUGAUUGCUGGUGCCGCAGGGAACUUCCUCGCCUCAAUCAGCCAGCUGUCCAUUAAUGCCUUUAAAUCGGUCAUGGAAAUUGAUGUUUUGGGAUCAUACAACACACUGAAGGCGACCAUUCCGCAUUUGGUACAGUCCGCACAAAAGCACAAAGUGGACUCUAACACCUUGAAGCCCUCCCCUCUCGGUACCGGCGGCCGAAUCAUCUUCGUCAGUGCCACUCUUCACUACACAGCGACUCCAUUCCAGGCACAUGUCUCGGUUGCGAAAGCCGGUAUCGAUGCCAUGUCGAAUACCGUGGCUCUUGAAUUUGGACCCUUGGGGGUGACGUCGAACGUCAUUGCCCCUGGACCCAUUGCUUCGACAGAGGGCCUGGAGCGCCUCGUUCCUUCAGAUCAGAAAGAACAGUCCAAGAAAUCACAACCGCUCGGACGAUUCGGUUCAGUCCGAGACAUUGCAGAUGCCACUGUGUACCUUUUUGCCGAUACUGGUAGUUACGUGAGCGGUCAAAUCCUCGUUGUUGACGGUGCGAGCUGGCGCAUGGGAUCUGGCAUCGGAGCCUCCAACUAUCCCGACCUCCUUCUCUCGGGAGAUACCUUCCGGAAUGUGAAGGGAAAGAAGAAGUCGAAUCUGUGAUUCGGAAUGAGGGGAACUGGAACUAUAUAGAUAUACAUUAUCGUAAUUCACCAUGAUAAGCAUAUAGUGAUCAUCAGAUAACCAUUUUGUCAAUUUGCCUCAUAUAUAUUCGAGUACUACUCUUGUUUCUUUUCUUUUUUGACUCAUCCUAGGGGAACCGCGCGAUGUCUGUACUAUAUGGAUGUAUGUCUUUUAACACCACUGUGAAAACAAUGCCUUGUCA